CCUGACAGUGUCCACCACCACCUCCGAUUGUCUGAAUCCAGCAGGUGAAAAUUCUCCAUGGUACAAUACCGCCGGCGAAAUCUCUCCUGUUCAAGCUCGCCGGGAAACCGCCAUCUCCUUCAGGAUAUCGCCGGAGUAUAUUAAAUUCCUCACCGUAGAUCCGUCCGGCAUUUAUACCUGAAUCGCCCGUUUAAUACGGUCAACGAAUCUAACAUCCGCGUUGAUUGCACGCGGAAUCGCUCAUGAUUGAAGAUGCAUUCGCACGGAGUGUUGCGGGUGAGCGCGUGUUUUAGAUGAAGAUGUCGGUGUACGACGCGCCGUUCGUGAACAGUGAGCUCUCGAAGCCUACAUCGAUUUUCGGGCUGAAGCUAUGGGUGGUGAUCGGAGUCUUCGUCGGAGUUGUUAUUGUUCUCAUUCUGUUUCUCAUCUCGCUCUGCAUCACGGCGUCGCGCCGCCGCACAUCCAAGGCUAAGCUCCUCUACAAGGCUGCCGGGGAGUUUACCCCUCCCAUUUCAAAGGAAAUUCAGGAGAUCGUUCACAAUGACGCCGCCCCUGAUCACCGCCCCGUCGCUCAGGGAUUGCCAGAAAUUCAGAUUGACAUGGGAAAAAUGGAGCACAGAAUUGUGUUCUCAGACAAGGUACCGGGGGCAUCAAGUGGGGAGAGUAAAGCCACGAGUGGAGAUACGGGAUCAGUUGGAGGGAGCGGAUCAUUGCCGGAAGUGUCCCAUUUGGGGUGGGGAAGGUGGUAUACCCUGAGGGAGCUUGAGGCCGCCACCAAUGGAUUAUCCGAUGAGAACGUUAUUGGUGAAGGUGGGUAUGGAAUUGUCUAUCAGGGUAUUUUGUCUGACGGAACUAGAGUGGCUGUGAAAAAUCUAUUGAAUAACAGAGGUCAAGCAGAGAGAGAAUUCAAGGUAGAGGUGGAAGCUAUUGGGCGUGUGAGGCACAAAAACCUUGUGAGGCUUCUUGGCUACUGUGUUGAAGGAGCUUACAGGAUGCUUGUGUAUGAGUAUGUAGACAACGGGAAUUUGGACCAGUGGCUUCAUGGUGAUGUUGGGGAAGUCAGCCCUUUGACUUGGGAUAUUCGUAUGAAUAUUAUAUUGGGAUGCGCAAAAGGCUUGGCCUAUCUACACGAGGGUCUUGAACCAAAAGUAGUUCAUAGGGAUGUGAAAUCCAGCAACAUACUCCUUGAUAGGCAAUGGCAUACAAAGCUGUCAGACUUUGGGCUUGCUAAGCUCUUGAAUGCAGAGAGCACUUAUGUGACAACUCGUGUGAUGGGAACAUUUGGAUAUGUUGCCCCAGAAUAUGCUUGCACGGGUAUGCUGAACGAGAAAAGUGACAUAUAUAGCUUUGGAAUACUUAUCAUGGAGAUCAUCACAGGGAGAACCCCUGUUGAUCAUGGCCGUCCACAAGGAGAGGUUCAUUUGGUUGACUGGUUGAAGGCUAUGGUUGGUAACAGAAAAUCCGAGGAGGUCGUGGACCCUAAACUACCCGAAGUGCCUUCUUCUAAAGCACUAAAGCGUGUUCUUUUGGUUGCUCUUAGAUGCGUUGAUCCUGAAGCUCAGAAGAGGCCCAAAAUGGGACAUAUUAUUCAUAUGCUCGAGGCUGACGAUCUUUUGUUUCGUGAUGUAUGAUCAACAUAUAUAUCCUUUGCUAACAAUUAAGUGCCUUUUUUAGUAGCCAUAAUUAUCUUAUUCUGCGUAUCAGCAUAAUAAGUUUCUUUUAGCUUAUUUGGCUUAAAUUGUUGUAACUAGACACUCUUUCUUCCUAAAAGAUUGAGUACGUCCAACCAUUUCAGCCAAAUAACUCUUAACAAAGAGACCCUAACAAGUUGACUUUAUUGAUUAUGAGUGCUAAAAUGUUGUUAGGACUUGGGAGUAUCAUCGUGUUGUUACUGGGUUUGAAUCUUAUAGUUUACAAUCACAUCUUGAUGAUCCUUUUCGGUUAAAUUUGGCUCAUUUUAACAUGGUAUCAAAGUUUGGUCCGACCCGAUGGUGUGGGCCGUCCACCUACUCAAUGGUUUGGGAACAUUUGUCCACUCCGGGUUCGGCGGAGUAGGGUGUGUUGAGUGUCACAUAGCAUUCGUUUACCAAGUUCUUUUCUAAAUGCCAAGUUUGAUUCUAGCAAACAGGGAUGAGGUACCUCAAUCUUUUUGAGAGGAACUUUUUGAAGGGUAAGUUAGGGCCAAUUUACCAUAUCCUCACAGUCACGCUUUCUAAAUAUUCCCUUUUGAUUUAUGCAGGAAAGAAGGGACAGAAGAGAAUCGUCUGGCUCCCGCCGUGAUCACAAGGAACACAAUAAUGCCGGUCCAAAAACAGGUAUGAAACAAUAUGGGGAUGUGGCUUCAGACAUCAGCGAAGGCGAAUGUAGUGGUAGGAGCCAUAACCAACCAUCCAGAUUGAGACAAAACUAAAAUAUACUUGAGCACUCUAUCAAAAAAAACAUUUUUCAAUUUGUGCAUUUAGCUCCUUUUUGCCUAGCUUCUACCACAUGUUCACAUUGCUUGAUUUACUCAUUGACUCUAUUUAUUUGUUCACCACAACAGCUGUAUAUAAAUAUUCUCAUUAUCAUUAUAUUACUCCCCGAUUCGUUAUUAUUCAUUCUUACACUCUCCUAUCUUAACCCAGUG